AGCGUUCCGAUAAAUGCCAGUCAACUGUGGUUAAGCAUUAGAUGUGCUUCCCUUGUCCUUUGCGUCUAUCUAAUAUCGCCGUCUCCAGUUCUCGUCCUCUUCGCCACGCACUCGUUCUUUCGCAAGGGAAAAGGUUUUUUUUCUCUGCUGCGAAUCGAAAUAUUACUUUUUUCUGCUACCAAGUUCCUCUCCGGGAAAACUUCGUCCGCAUCCUUUUCCUCAUAAUCACUUCGCCCUCUCUGCCUUGAGCCCAUAUAAUCACAGUUCUUGCAUCUGACAAGGUCGAAUCAUGCUCUAACCAGAAUCUGGACUUCGUCGCCUCUAAAUAGCCAGCGAGAUCAUUCUGACUGUUCCCCCAGCGCUGUCAUCAGCAGACGAAUCUAUCUUGCCAACAACGCGUGGCAAUAGCACCUUUCAGAAUUCAAGUAACUUGAGGUUCCUAAGUGCGAAACGCGCGACUCUACAUUUUUCUAUCACGACACCAAACGAAUGGAGGGAGGCGUUGAUGGUCUAGUACUUUUCAAGGAGGAUGAAGUGCUCAUGGACGAAGACCUGGGCUAUCAGCUUGGCGAAAUAAAUAGUUCAAUGGGUCCACAGGAUAAUGAAUACUCUCAGCACUUUGGUCAGACACGUCAGCAAUUGUUUAACCUGCAGAAAUUUCAAUCCAUGCCCAUGCUCUCAUCCGAUCAACUCAACUGUACAUCGAUAUCAUAUGAGUCAUCUCCCAUGGAUCUCAGUAUAGACUCGCCGAGCUUGGCUAGUCCAGGAACUUCGUCCAAAUCGGUAGCGGCAGGAGGACAAAUAUCCGAGGAAGGGCAACAGAGUCGGACAUCCAGUCAGGAUUUUGACGACACUAAGCCGGUUGUCAAUGGCAUCAUCCCAAAGCACUAUCUAUCUUCAACAGGAGGCCAUGAGUUUCCGUCUACCCAAUUCCACAUGAGCGGCAUUCUAAGCACCCAGAAUGAAUCAACACAAGUAGAGUCCCAGUCCAAGCUGCGUCAGCUCUAUGGAAAUGGAUCAAAUCAUAUCGGAGGCGCUUCAUCAGAUACAGGGGAUACAGUAGACGCAGGAGAAGAUCCUGCUAUCAAGAGGGCGCAGCAGAACCGAGCAGCUCAGCGAGCAUUCCGGCAAAGAAAGCAGCAGUACAUCAAGUGGCUGGAGAGCAAAGCAGAGGAACUGGACGAAGUGUAUCGUAUCGUGGCCCUGCUUCGAGCAGAAAACGAGCAAUUGCGCGGCCUUGCCAUGGACCUGGAUGCGAGCCUUGUUAACAGAAAAGGGGGCGCCAUCAAUAGCGAAAUUAAAGCGGCAAGAUCAUUGCUAUCUCCGUCUUCGUCUUCUGCGGUGGAAGUUUCGUCAAGCCACCGAAUUGACCUGUCCCUGAGCAGAGAGGUCACAAUGCGCUUGAUGAAUCUGGCCGCGCUUUCAGGGGUAGGCCCGAAUGGCGAUCGGGAGGGAGCCUUCGGUCGACCAAAGUACCAGCCUAGAUCAGCGAAUGACGGAAAAGGAAGUCGGGCUAAGGGCAGAGCAGCGUAUAAGCUGAAUCAGUUGAAGGACCAGCAACAGCAGCAGCUACUGAUGCUCCAAAACCAGCAGGUAUUACAGCUGCAGGAACAACAGCAACAGCAACAGCAACAGCAACAGCAACAGCAACAGCAACAGCAACAGCAACAGCAACAGCAACAACAACAGUGGAUACAACAGCAGCAGCAGAGCAUGACCAUGUCUAUCCUCCCAGCAGCAGAUACCAUGAUCCAUCCCCCCAUUAUAGCACAGUCUCCGCAAACUCUGUCACCAGUGCAAAGAGUAGUGCAGCCAAUGCCGCAAGACGGUCUCACGAAGAUUCAGCAACAUCAAAUCGGCGUUAAUGGUGGAACAGCUGGACUUGGCCAUGGUAUCCAUGCUCAAACCACAGUUGCUUCAGCCCAUUUCCACUAUCCAUUUGCCAGCAGCAGCUCUCACCUAACUAUUUUGCACCAGCAGAACAUUUCACAACACCAACAGCAACAAAGUCAACAAAUUCAGCAUCUACAUUCGCCUUGCCAGACACAGCUCGAAUGGGGACAGACGCCAUCUCUCCACCACCCCGCGGAAACAUCUCAAGCUUACUGGGAGGAAGAGGACGCCUGUGGCACGAGUCGUCUACGUCGAUUUUCCAUGCCCACACUUCGUCUCUCGUCCAGGGCUGAGCUUCAAUGCCUAGAGUCAGUAAGGAUUGGUGCCCAUGGAUCAGGAGUGACAGAGGUCUUCCAGACAACACACACAAUGGCAGGCGAGCCUAGUCAUAGCAAUGUACAGAGAAACCACCAGCAGUCGAUUCUUACCAGUAUUGGACGAUGAAUAAAAAAAACUAUACAUUUCUCU